CACCAAAGCAAUUGAUCGUACAGUGUGUCCCAGUUCUCAUCUUUGAAUACUAAACAUUCUACACUGUGUCGCCAAUAUAUUACACUUAUCUUACGCUCACUGGCCAUUUUAUCAGAGAAAUCCACAGGGGUGUCAGGAUCUAUCUGCCAUGUUAGUGUCUUUGUGUGCCUUAAACCGCCAUAAACUAAGCUAAAUCAUUUUUAAGCACAUUAGUAUAAGUGGACUUAUUCUAUAGAUCAGGGUAGGUUACACUAAUAAUCCAUGCUCUUAAAGAAUGGACAUUUCCAAGCAUAGGUUAAGAGAUUAUACUAUUACGCUAUUAGAAAAUAAUAUUUAUUAUACACACUCUUUCAAUUCGAGUAAAAAAUAUAUUUAAGCAAUACUGCAUGAGCAAGAGCGUGGUUAUACUGAAUAUGGGCAUGGCUGCGAGCCCGCAGGGCGAGUGCUGUAGCUAAUCACAGGCAUGCUGAUAUUCAGUAUAACCGCAUGAUUGCGAGUGCUAGCUCACUUUGGUACAUUCCCGUUAAAGGUACUUCCGUUAAAACUGGUGUCUCUUCUUUUAUAUUCGAAGUCAAAAGUUAAAUAUUCCUGAAAAGUAUCGUUUGCAACGUUCGCUGAUGAAGCAGCCAACACUACUGUAGUGUUACAGUAGCUGUCUCGAACUAGUGGAAUUUUACGCGGCGAACACAGAUGAGUGGCGUGAUACACACAGUGAAAUGUCCCAGUGAGAUUAUAGGAAAUAUAGGCACUUUUGGAAUUCCACUCGACCAAAUUAGUGGACUGGAUCUAACUGUUGUAUAAUUACUUAUAUAAAUAUAUAUACAUGGAUCUUUCUUUGCUACUCUGUAAAGACAUCUCGCCGAGGUGAGUUUUGUUAAGUGGGUAACUGUCUGGUUAUCAGUUAUGUUUGUGUUAUAAUAAUUACCGGACUUGUAUUCCUUCAUGACUCGCAGCUUCUUUACAGAGAAAGUACACUGGCUUCUCUCUUAAGAACAAAUACACACUCAUUUCAAGUCUCCCACUUUAAACUAUAUUUGCUCUCCAUCAACUGAUGUUUUUUGUACAUGGCUACACAGGUUAUUUUGAGGUUAAAAAAACACGAAAGUCAGGUGUCAGUGCUGUUGCACACAGAAGCUGAGUAUUGUGGAGAAUGACAAACAAAUUGCACAAAUUGUACAAAAUGACCUCUAGUCUCUAACUGUACAUGUACAAGGUGCACCAACACCACAGCUUUGUCUAAUAAAGCGGCAAUGUUUAAAAACCCAAUAAUGCUGCACGGCCUAAUAUAGUUGUGCCAGUUCAACACCCACUAACAUGCCACUACCACAUUUUAAUCUUGUUACACUGAGUGACUGUAUAGCAAUGAUAAAAUUAUCAAAACAUGGUAAAGUGGGGAGAAAGUACCACUAGACAAAAUAAAGCGAGUGACCAUGUUGAUUUACUUAAAUAAAUGUAAAUGAGAAAUAAUAAUUUAUAACAGCAGAAUAAUUAAAAUCUGUAGACCCAUUUGCAUUCAGGUUUAUAGGUUAGAUUGCUUCACUGCUUCACAAAUUCUCAAAUAUAAAUAGCUUUAUGAAAAUCAGGUUAGUUAAAAUGUAUAUCUGAUAGUCAGAAGAGGGUAAGAGACAGAACAGAAGACCAAAUUCAUCUAUGCAAAACAGGAAUAUUGAUGUAAGAGCAUCUGUAGUUUGAAAUGGUCGGUUCUUAGUUUCUGUCUGGAUGAAAUAAAAGAUAAUCACAGCCGUGCUGAUAUUCAGCUUAACAGUGAUUCCUCGCAUUAUGAUAUUCCUUAAAUUACGUUGAAUCAGUUUCUGUUCUUGUCACCAUCAAUUGUAUCACUUAAUAAUCGUAGGUUUCCAGGUAGAUGAAAACUGCCAACUCAGGGUAGAGUUCCAUGAUGUAAUCUAAGCACUGGAAACUCAUUAGCAGCUUGUUAAAUAGCUUGUUACUUAGGAUCAGGUGUAUUAGCAAAGUCCUCAGUGUGCUACAGGGCCAGGGCAGGACUGGGAACACCCCAAAGAAAAAUGAUAAAUUGGGCUCUAUGAAAGGAUGGCUUAACACAUAUUCACUGAUGAUGAUAUAAGGGCACUAAACUGUUGGUGUGCUUUUUUGGGUAAGACCCAAAGUAAAGUUAAAUGAUGAAACAAAUAUGAAAGAGGGUGACCUUAAACCUUUAAACUUUUCACCAAAUUAAACAGUGAACAGGUGAUUACAGCAUGUACACUGGACUCCCUGUGUGCUUUCAAUACGAGCUCAAACAAAGUUCAAAAUGUAGAAAAAAACCCUGCUGUAUUUACCAUGUGUUUUAAAUGAAUCCUCACACCAGUUUAGAGAAUGGGUGUGUGCUUAUACAAACAUGGCACUGAGUUAUUGCUGGCAGGUACACAGCAGCUAGGCAAUACUGAGCAUGACCUUUGCCUGAACUGCACAAGUCAAGGUCACGUACACAGACACACAGACAGAAACAGAAGAAGAAAAAAAAAAAAAAAAAAAAAAAAGACAAAAUUGGUCAGCGUGAUUGGUCCUAGGCUCAACUCCACUCUCCCCAUGGAGCGUAUAAGAGCUGGAAAGGGCCACCAUUAACCACCAGGAGACACGCAGAGACAGGAAAUAACCGAGACCUACUGGACCUACUGCUGAGUGCUGAUCUCACAUCCACAUCUAAAACUCCUUCCACAGCACGUUGGGGCCACUCACCAUGUUAACCAACUUGCACACAUGGGUAUGCCUGUGCAUAUGGGUAUGCGGGGUGUGUUCCUCACCUGCGAUGCCACGGACUGAGGCAAAGGUAGCACUAACAGAUGAAGUGAAUGUGCUGAUGUAUGGGGUGCUGCAAUUCAGCGAGUCACUGCACCACGCUUAUCAGAACACUGAGGCCAGGCUGGCACGCCUCACCCGUGCCAUUACAGACACAGAGAGCUUUGUGCAGCGUCUGGGCCAGGACACAGAACAGACCAUCCGCUCCGAGCGCCAGAUAAAAGACAGGCUCGGCGUCAUCCAGGCCGAGACGACAGCAAUACAAACCCAGGCUCAACAAACCAGCGGACUGGUCUACAAGGUAGAGCGAGAAGAGGUGGCGAUAAAGCAAAAAAUUAGCAAUCUGGAGGCAACCUUGAAAAGAUUCACCACUGAUAGGAUCAAAGCACUGAAGGAGACCACCCAGAAACACAACACCCUUCUGCAUGACCUGGUGAGCUGGACAGAGACACAGAAACAGCAGCUGGAAAACCAGAACCAGCAGCUGGCUGAGUUACAGAAAUGGGCAAGCAGGAGCGUCUAAGUUUCCAUUCCACAGUCUAGAAGCAGCACAUGAGUGAUCAGUAGCUGGUAGAACUGUUUUCAGUAUAGGACAAAUUCUCUCUCAAGCCUAGUUCCAGCAUAGGUCACACCUGAAAGUGAUCAACAGGAACUAUGCUCUUUACUAACACUCCCAAGGUGGCAACCAAAACAUAUAUUUUCACUAAAACCAGACAAGUUUUUUCAUAAACAAUACUGUAAAAAAAACAUAAAAUUUGAGGACACUGUUGUGUUGUACUGAAUAUGCUAUAUUAUUUUUUCUACUUUAUAAUAAAUACAAUCUUUAAUUUUUUUGAA